AUAAAUUGCUGCUAUUGUAAUCCCUUUCCUGUUUUAACAAAAUAGUUUCAGUUUAAAGUUUUGGUAAAGAUCUGUAGCACGGGUUGUGUGUUGAUUGAGGCUCCACUGAUGAUGCCACCUAGCUUGGUGACAAAACAUCUGAACAAGAACAAGCCAGCCCUGCGAGCAAGUCAACAACCUCAUAGUUUCAGUUUCAUCUCCAUUUAUUUCACACGGUGGUUCCAGUCUCUGCAUUCAACAAGGAAAAAGUAAGUACUGCAUUAAACUCUGUAGGUUCAGCUUUACUGCACAACUAUCACAAAGACAUCCAUCAAGAGACAUUCAGUCCAAGUGACCUUUGUCCACUUGGGAUUUACCGUACUCUGAGCUCUAUUUGAUGCAAGGUUAAACCUGAUUGAACGAAAACUAUGGGCAAUAACGUUUCAGUAAGUUCAAAAGAAAAAGCUGCAAGAAAGCUGUAUGUGAAGAUGCAGAAUCAAAGAGCAUAUGAACAAGACACAAAAAACAUGAAGUACACAAAGAUAUUUUUAGAAAAAGCGACACUGAAAGGUUUGGAAAGCAUUCUUAAGUCAAUAUCAAAAUAUAAAAUGGUCUCUGCAGCUUUUUGUAUGACUGGACUAGGAGCAACACUUUUUGUUGGUUGUAUUAUUGCAGACCAAUUUCUAAACAGUUCUGAAAAUGCCACGAGUGGCAAAAUCACUGAGAUAGCAAUCCGCAAAGUACUCCACGAGGAACAGAUACAGGAAAUCAGUAAUAUCGUUAUUGCUUAUCAGAAUCACUACAAAAUGUUUGCAAACAACAAAAAGAAACUUUGUGAAGAAGCUACAAUCUGUGAAAGGGAUCUGUUCAACCAGCUCAAUCGAACCAGCCAAAAUAUGCUUAAGAAUCGCCAAAGUGCAACUGUGUCAAAUUUCCUAGCCUGGUUGAAAGGUGCCAGAAUUCACCUGGAAGUGCUUUCUGACAUGAUUACCUUGCGGGUUGGUGACCCAUGUGCAGUUUACCAGGCAGCGCAAAUCCACUGUAGUACCAUGAGUCAACUGGUACAUGCAGUCAAGGAACAAAAGGCAUCAGUCAUUACCUUGUUUCAGUUUCCUCUAGGCAUCAAGCUCACAGACAAGGAAGCAGGUCAAUUUGUUUGCAUAUAUUACCCUCACUUCAGUUUUGAAGGUACCAAGGAUAUCAAGGAUAAAUACCUGAUGCUGCUUUUUGAUGACCAACUUAGAACGCCUCUUGGUUUUAUGAAUUUCUUCCUGCUAGAGAACGGAGCCACAACUGGACUGAGACCUUCUCCAACUUCCAAGGAGUUCUGGAGAGAGAGGCAGCAGCAUCGUGAGGAGCGUGGUAGUAGUGGCCAUGGGUCCCGAGCAGUGUCAGCUGGAAGUCGGAUGCGUGGAGCGGUUGUGGGCCCAGAGCAGUGGGCUGGAGAUCCAGUGCGGGGAAAGUAGCUGUGGGCCUGAGCCUGACGUGUUGGUGAGGGAGGUCCCCAGGCAUCUGCGGCGUUGAGAGCAGAAGGCCCGAAGUUUCUGGAGAGUGGGCCAAAGUGGAGGAGACUGAGCCUCGCUGGAAGUACACUUAAGAGUGUUGAACUUUUACCUUUAUUCCUUCAUUUUUCCAUUUAAUACUAGGAAGGACUGUAAUGUUAACUUUUAAGUUUAUUUCUUUAUUUUUCUCCUCAUACUAAGAGCAAAGGUAAUGCUUUAACUUUGU